UUGUCCUGGCCUGCCUUGGCCUGAACGCCGCACGGGUUUUUUUUCCGGUGUUACACUUGCCCUCUUAGUACCAAAAACGAACGGGGUAAUUGUCCCUUUAUAUACCUACCGCUCUGGCCCUGUCACGAUGUCACCGCUCGAGCCAGAAAGACUGCGAAGAGAAUCACUGGACGAACUGGGAAGGAAGACGCGAGUCACGGGAAUGGAGGCGGACUAACAGGAAACAUCAUAUAUGUUUUGCAUUGAGGGGGUGCUGAAUAAACCCUUUCAAUGUCUGCAUUCAAAACGCAGCUAUGGUCGUUACCCAUAUACGAAGCCGUUGCAAUUUCUCAUCCAAACUUCAGCGCUGUACACGGUCUUGGUUACCCACAGUCGAGCUAUCAAGGCAGGCACCAUAGUAGACACCUAUACUGCAAACAAUAUCCUAGGUGGGUAUGUGAAAUGCAGAGAUGUAACUUGUGCUCACAGUCUGUUCAACGAAAUUUCACAAAGAGACACCGUUACUUGGAAUUCAAUGAUCACUGGAUAUGUGAAUGGUGGGAGCUUUGAUACUGCUUGGGAGCUUCUAAGAACCAUGAGGGGAGAUGGAUUCAGUUUUGAUCAGUACACCUUUGGCAGCAUUCUAAAAGGAAUUGCCUGUGAGGGUCGCCUUGAUCUUGGGCAGCAGGUGCAUUCGGUGAUUGUUAAGAUGGGUUAUGAGAAGAAUGUUUUCUCGGGGAGUGCAUUAUUGGACAUGUAUGCAAAAUGCAACAGAAUCGGAGAUGCGUAUGCAGUGUUUGGGUGCAUGCCUGAGCGGAACUUCGUUUCAUGGAAUGCUAUAAUUGGGGGGUUUGCUCAAGUUGUUGAUCGUAGGACUGCUUUCUGGCUACUUGAUCGUAUGGAGAGGGAGGGUUUGAGACCUGAUGAUGCCACUUUUACUCCCCUUCUUACGUUGCUUGAUGACCCUGAGUUCUAUAAGCUAACCAUGCAAAUCCAUGCCAAGGUUGUGAAACAUGGACGCGCAUCUGAUACGGCAUCCUGCAAUGCCACUAUCACAGCAUAUUCAAACUGUGGGUCUAUUGAAGAUUCCCAAAGGGUGUUUGAUAGUGCAGAUGGCAGUCGAGAUUUAGUUACAUGGAAUUCCAUGUUAGCGGCUUAUGUAGUACAUGAUUAUGGGGCCCCAGCCAUUGAGCUUUUCAGGAAAAUGCAUGCGCUUGGGAUUGAACAAGACAUGUAUACAUAUACAAGUGUAAUAAGUGCUUCUUUUUGCAAAGAACAUGAAAACCAAGGGAGAUCCUUGCAUGGGCUGGUAAUUAAAAAGGGAUUAGAAAAAGCAAUACCUGUUUCUAAUUCAUUGAUUGCCAUGUAUAUCAAAUAUGAUGGCAAGUCCAUGGAAGAAGCACUAUAUCAAUUUGACUUAAUGGAAUUCAAGGAUAGGGUAUCUUGGAAUACAAUUUUGACUGGAUUCUCACAGAAUGGGUUGAGCGAAGAUGCCUUAAAGAUCUUUGAACAAAUGCGAUCUAUGCAGCUUGAGAUUGAUUGUUAUGCUUUUUCUGCAGUACUCCAGUCUUGUUCUGAUUUGGCAACCCUCCAAUUGGGUCAACAAGUUCAUGGAUUAGUCUUUAAAUGUGGUUUUGAGUCAAAUGACUUUGUAGCUAGUUCAUUAAUAUUCAUGUAUUCCAAGUGCGGGGUCAUCGAAGAUGCAAGAAUGUCUUUUGAAGCAACCCCUAAAGACAGUUCAAUCACGUGGAACUCAGUCAUGUUUGGAUAUGCACAACAUGGUCAUGGUAAAGUUGCUAUUGAUUUGUUCUUCAAAAUGCAAGAAGAAGGGGUAAAACCAGAUCAUAUAACCUUUGUUGCUGUUCUCACUGCAUGCAGUCACAUUGGUUUAGUAGAGCAAGGCUUUCAUUUUCUAAAAUCUAUGGAAGCUGAUUAUGGAAUUCCACCUAGGAUGGAGCAUUAUGCAUGUGGUGUUGAUCUUUUUGGGAGGGCCGGAUGCCUUACUGAAGCAAAAGCCUUGGUUGAGUCCAUGCCAUUUGAACCUAAUGCCAUGGUGUGGAAGACUCUAUUGGGUGCAUGUAGAAUGCAUGGUGACAUAGAAUUGGCUAGUCAGGCUGCGAGGCUCUUGCUAGUUCUAGAGCCUGAAGAUCACUGCACAUAUGUUCUUCUCUCUAACUUGUAUGGGCGUCUUGGAAAGUGGGAUGAAAGAGCUACCGUUAAGAAGGUCAUGAGGGAGAGAGGGGUGAGGAAGGUUCCUGGUUGGAGUUGGAUUGAAGUGAAGAAUUCAGUGCAUGCUUUCAAUGCUGAAGAUCGCUCACACCCACAGUGUGAAGAGAUUUAUCAGAUAUUGGAAGAGCUGAUGGUGGAGAUUAGGAUGUUGGGUUAUGUUGCUAAUGUUGAUUGUAUAAUGCAUGGUAUAGAUUACAUGGAAGGAGACUGGGACUUGUAGACUUUGAUUGCCACUUCCUUUUUGUGGAUUCUUUGUUUUACAUUUUUCUUGUGAUUUGAGAUUCCCUCCUUUUUAGAAGAUCAAUUAAGCAUCUUGGUUAAUCAUGUAGAAGAAUCCCUGAUUGGGAUUUUAUGGAGGAUCAAAAGUUUUGUUUAUCAUGGAUAAGAUGGCCAUAGAUGUAGUGGCAAUGCAGCAUGCAGAAAGCACUUAUCCCCCAAGUAAUAUUUCAGAAUCUGAUAUUUUGAAGAUAGCUUUUGAUCUACAGAAACUGCAACUUGAAGUCUGAACAGAGCAACUUAUUGGAGGAAAUGGGUUUUGAGUAUUAUGCCAUAUUGCCAUGUAAUACAGAAUGGGAAAUUUAUGGUUUAAGACCUCAUUGAUUUUAGUUGACAGAAUAGUUGGGUCUACCAUUGGAGGCCUUAUAUGACAGCA